AUGGAUUCUCGCCUCGAUACCUCGCGUUUUGAGGGGCGCGCUUUGGUGGUGGGCGGCGGCAUAGCAGGCCUUGCUACCGCAGCACAGUUGGCGCAAGAAGGGCUCAAGGUGACGCUCUUCGAGAAGAAUAGCGAAGUGGGCGGCCGGUGCCAAUCUAUGCAGUCGACCAGUGUGAAGGGCUACCGAUGGGAUACUGGCCCGUCCUUGCUGCUUCUUCCAAAGAAAUACGAGGACGCGUACAAACGCCUGGGUUCCGACCUGCACAAAGAGCUGAACCUGCAGCGCGUGGACCCUCCUUAUCGCGUCACCUUUGGAGAUGAGACCUUCCUUGACGUGGAGUACGAUCCCAUGAAGAUGACAGAGCAGAUGGAGAAGUUUGAGCCUGGUUGUACCAGCAACUACUAUCGAUUUUUGUCCGUCGCGCGGCGGAUGCUUGACAUGGGUUUGGAGCGCUUCGUGGACCGGCAAUUUGAAGACUGGGCGGAGCUCGUGGACCCCGUGGGCUUGCUGCCAGAGAUGAUCCUCAAAGGUUGGUUUUCCAUUCCGCUUGUGAAUAUGCUUUUUUCAAUCGACGACUUGCUGAAGGCUUGGUUUAAGGACGAGCGCCUUCGAGCACUUUUCUCCUUCCAAACUCUGUACGUUGGCCUUACUCCAUACAACUCGCCUGGGGCUUUGUGCCUUCUUGCUGGCACCGACCUCACAGAUGGGGUUUGGUACCCCAUGGGCGGUUGGAAAGGAGUGAAGGACACCUUGGCGGCGCUGGCGCAGAAGCACGGUGUAGAGAUCAAGACCGGGCAAGCCGUUGAUGAGGUGCUGGUGUCUGAGGGCCGAGCAGUCGGCUUGAAGCUGGAGGGCGGAGCUGUGGAGAAGGGCGAUGUCGUCGUGGUAAAUGCUGACACGCCCUAUGCCUACGAGAAGUUGCUGGAGCAUGGCAACGCCAACGCGGAGGAGGACAUGUCCGUGGAGAAGACGGCGGAAGACCUGGAUGGCCGGGAGUACUCCUGCGGUGUGAUCGCCUUCUUCUGGGCCGUAGAUUGCAAAGUGGACUAUCUCAGGCACCACACGAUUUUCCUCGGCACGCCGGUGGAGGAGAAAAAGGCUUGGACGCCUAUCACCUCAGCAGCAGGCAUGCCAGAGAAGCCGAACUUCUACGUGCACUGCCCCACGAGGACAGAUCCAUCAGCGGCGCCUGAGGGAUGCGAAAGCAUCAUGGUCCUUUUUCCUGUGGCCAACAUGCAGCAGAUGGCAGAGGCAGGCCACGCGGCGCCCAAGGGCGAGCUCUAUGCGGAGAUGCGGAAGGCGGCGCGCGCCACGGUGCUGCGGCGCUUCAAGGAGGCAGGUGCUGGCGACAUCGAAAAGCACAUCGUGGAGGAGACUGUUAGGGAUCCCGAGAUCAUCAGCGAUCUUUACAAUCUCAAGCAUGGCGCUACGUUUGGUCUGUCACACGGGCUCCUGCCGUGGCAGGGCGGCCUGGCCAUGACGCGGCCAGCACCUCGCGCUGCCGAGGUUGAGAGGCUCUUCUUUGUGGGCGCCGGCACGCGGCCGGGCAACGGCGUGCCGCUGGUGCUGAUGGGCGCCGGCCUCACCUCCAAGCUCAUCCUGGAGGAGAUGGAGACGAAGGCGCGGGUGUCCUUGGAGCACAGCGGCAACUGGGAGGAGACGCUGCGGGACUGGCUCCUGCUGCGCGGCCACACCUUGGAGGACGUGCAAGGCCGCAUUUUUUCCUGCAGCGGAAGACCUGUGGACGUGUUGUACCUCAGCGAGCUCACGCCGGAGCAUUUUCCUCUCCAGCUGGAUCUGCCUGAUUUAGGCGCACAACCUUCUCAGCAGCUGAAGUUGGAGUUUAUCCUGGACGAUAUUGGUGGAAAAGAGGAGGAGCAGUCCUUUUUGCCACUCAUGUCCUUAUCAGGGCUGAGGAAACGGCGUGGCAGCAUGAGGCGGUCACAAAGUUUACAGUCUUUGGUCACCAAUGUCGGCCACAUACUGCGGGUGUACGUUCAGGUAACUUGCAAUGGUCGAACGCAAAAGACCAACGUGCAGGAAGUGGAGCAGGGAUGCUCAGCUUCUUUUUUGGAGGAGGACGGGCUCUUCUUCGACAACGCCGAGCUGGGCGGGGGCAAAGCCAUGGAGCUGCUGAGUGCCGUGCGAAUAGCCGUCUACGAUAAGCGCAGCUCCUGGAUUCGUGGCGAUGCCCUGCUGGGAGAGGAGUGGCUGUUCUUGCCGCCUGAGGUUCAGAGUGGAAAGACGCUGGAGCAGACUCUCAGGCUGCGGCAUCGGGGCAUCAUCCUGGAGACCAAGGUCAGGGUGCGGUUCACGCUCCUGAGCCUGGAAGAUGCGCGGGCAACGUUGGCCGCCAGCGCCAAGCACUCCCUGCUGCGGGUGACGAAAGCGCUGGUGCAGUUGCUGCAGGUUCCGGGCGGUGUCAGCUUGCUGUUGAAGGCCUGUCCAGAGGGCAUCCACAAUGUCACCAAGGAAGAGAUCCAGAAGGAGAGCUGCGCGAUUUACAGGGCCGCCUUGCAGAGCCCUGGGCAGACAGCGAUGAGGAGCUGUGCCUGGAGAAGAUGUCUGGCAUCGCCCGGCAACUUCUGGACUUUGUCGAGCACCAUACCAAGCCAGCGGCAGAAGCGGAUAUCCCCAAGCUCAUGGUCGACUGGAUGCUGCAUUUGUCUGCGCAGGUUCCUGUGCGGAAUGCCAUGCCUGCCAGCACCCGCGAAGCCUUCGCCAGCGAGGCGCGGCUGCGGCGGUUCCUGGCCUCCGCGCAGCUGGACCUGGAGGUGCUGGCGCCCUCCGACGCCGAUGGGAACAUAG